UUGACACGCUUACCUUCUUCUAAAGUUCCGCCUUAUCCGUCCGUCACCACACUCUGUCGGGCAAGUGCAAUGCCAAUCAAUUGCUCAAUCAGACCAUUAUAACCGCAAUAUCAAUCCAUGGCAAAGCGUGCUGAAUCGGCCGGCGCCAAUUCCAAAUCCCAGUUCGCCGUAUCUGUGAUCCUUCUAACAACGCACAUGCCUGUACCGUUGUUAUCAGUUAUUGUUAUUUAUUUCUUAUUUUUCGGCAGCAUCUCCAGACUUCAAGGGUUGGUGGUAUGCACGCGUACAUACCCAGAACCCUGGGUUUUCUACCCGUCCACCCGUCCACUCCCGUUGCUUUCCAGACAAUGCAGUCAGUGUGAACCGAGCGUCCGGAUCAGACAACACAACACCAUCGGCAACUGGGAGACCAGAGAAGCAACAUCCAGUCGAAAAGACCUUCUUCCAUCGAUGUCAGCAAAGGCAUCUUGUACGGAUAUCCACCAUACAUCUAUCCCGCAUCUUAUCCACUGCCCUUGCAGACGGCCUCGGCUUCGCUUGGCAUCCCGCUCUUGCUGUUGCUUUAUCGCACCGCGCUGCGCCCCCCCGUCCAUCCAUCGUUCCUCUCGUUCCUUUGACGGGAGCGUCGAGAACGCGUCUCGUACCCGCCCAGGCGUGAUCCGGUAUGCCCGGUAUGCCUUAUAUCGUACCCUUCACUACCCUAGUGUUCAUCCUGCGUACCCUUCUCACUGCGCAACGUGAGGGGCGCACUGUCUGGAGUUGUCGUACUAUGUAUGGAUGAAUUACGCAGUCGCUACAAUUGGAGUGCUCAGAUCUUGCGUACCUUGCAGCCAUCAGGCCCAUCAACUGAGAUUACCGGUAUCUUGAUCCAGAGACUACGUACACCACCCGCCACCCCCAC